AAAAAAAAAACUAAUACAUUUUCUGCUUUAGGUAUUGAAAGCAUGGAGUUGAGUGCAAGUUCCAGUCUGCAGCCUUCAUUUGCAGAACCCAAGUUACAUCACUCAGCAGAGAACCUACAGCAGUGUGCUGAGUCUGGAAAGGGCAGUGGUAAACGUCAUGUCAUGCCUGCACCACAGCUUCACUCAGGAUGUAACUGCAGCCAGAGCUGUGGAUGUGCCACCAAUCAUAGUGUCCACAUAGGGAAGAAACUAAAUACUGGUGCUGAAUGCACCAAGUGGCUUUCACAUAGCAGUAAUUUGAUAGACCGUCAGACCAUUUACAAAGGGAAUCCCUUUUCUGGGGUCCAGUCUUGUGAUGGUAUGAUGGUCCCUAAACAUUUGAAGAAAUUAAAGAGGGGUAAACCUUAUAAAUGUGCCGAAUGCAGUAAAUAUUUUUCACAUAACACUCAGCUGAUACACCAUCAAACUGUUCACACAGGCAAGAAAUUAUAUAAAUGUACUGAAUGCAGCAAGUGUUUCACUCAAAAGUCUCUUCUAAAAUGCCAUCAGAAGUCGCACAGAAGGGAGAAACAAUAUAAAUGUGCUGAGUGCAGUAAAUAUUUUACAUGUCUUAGUAAACUUCAAGAACAUCAGAAUACACACAGAGGGAAAACACCAUAUGAAUGUACAGAAUGCAGUAAAUGUUUUACGCGCCUUAGUAGCCUUCAGCGGCAUCUUAUAAUUCACUCCGAGAAGAAGCCAAACAGUUGUAUUGAAUGCAAUAAGUGUUUUAUAACAAAGGAACAACUAACUACUCAUCUGUACUCUCACUCUGGGGAGAAACCAUAUAAAUGUGUUGAAUGCAAUAAAGGUUUCACAACUAAGAUGUCAUUAAAAUGCCAUUUGAAUUGGCACCGAGGGGAGAAACCAUAUAAAUGUGUUGAAUGCAAUAGAGGUUUCACAAGUAAGACGUCAUUAAAAUACCAUUUGAAUUGGCACAGAGGGGAGAAACCAUAUAAAUGUGUAGAAUGCAAUAAAGGUUUCAUAUGUAAGAACUCAUUAAAAUACCAUCAGAACUCACACAGAGGGGAGAAACCAUAUAAAUGUGUUGAAUGCAAUAAAGGUUUCACAAGUAAGACCUCAUUAAAACGCCAUUUGAACUGGCACAGAGGGGAGAAACCAUAUAAAUGUGUAGAAUGCAAUAAAGGUUUCAUAUGUAAGAAUUCAUUAAAAUACCAUCAGAACUCACACAGAGGGGAGAAACCAUAUAAAUGUGUUGAAUGCAAUAAAGGUUUCACAAGUAAGACGACAUUAAAACACCACUCAAAUUGGCACAGAGGGGAGAAACCAUAUAAAUGUGUAGAAUGCAGUAAAUGUUUUACACAUCCUAUUUAUCUUCGGCGACAUCAUAUCAUUCACACAAACAAGAAACCAUAGAACUGUACUGAAUGCAAUAAGUGUUUUAUAAGAAAGGGACAACUGACUAUUCAUUAGUUCUCUCACUUGGGGAGAAACCAUAUAAAUGUGUUGAAUACAGUAAAGGUUUUUACAUGUAAGAAGUUAUUAAAACACCAUCAGAACUCUCAUAUUAAGGACUUGCAACAUCUGGGUUAGCAAUAGGAAAAAGUGUACUCCUCCUUAAAAGUGAUGAUGCAAGCCAAACUAAGAACUAUUGACCAAUAAUGUGGUUUCCAACAGCAUGCAAGUUGUGCAUUAGAAUUGAGGUAGAGUUUACAGUUGUUACCUCCUGGCACUAGGACAAAGAAGUAAAACAAGAAAAUGGCAUGCAACAAAAGAUCAUCUGCUACUAAAAAAAAAGCCUUGCUAGAGAGCUGUGAGCAGGUGAAACCUAAAGUGUGGUAGGAAUAGGUUAAACAAUGAGAAUUUGGAUAUGUUGUAGAACACAUAUGGCUUUUUUAACACUUGCCAUGCAUUUAAUAAAAAGUUGUCACUAUGAGACACUGACAAACAACUUUACAAAUGAGUCAUGAAUAAGGGGAAAUUAGUAUCCCAGGGAUUAAAAUCCAAAGAGGGAUAUUCCAGGCUGAUUAUUUUUCACCACUGCUCUUUUCUUUUGCCUUAACCCAUUUAUCUGUUUAUUUAAUUGGUUAGGCUGGUUGCAGUUUGAUUUCCAGAAAUCAGCCUUACCCAUUGCCAUCUCACCUACCUUUUGUGGAUGAUUUAAAACUGCGACUCUUUCUUGCUUGACAAGCAAUUGAAAAUGCAGUUACAAAUGGCAAGGACAUUUAUCAUAUGAUAUGAGUGACAUUUCUUCUUGAUAAAUGUCUGACAGCAACAUUUAUAGUAGGAAAAAUAAAAUGGGAAGAUGAUAACCUGGGAAAUGAAUGUGACACAAGAGUUUAAAUAAGAGGGAAUGCUAAAUAUCUGGGAAUAGAUGAUUAGUCAGCAGUACAGAUAAAUGAGAGCAAAGCUUUGUAUGGAACAUUUUAGAAUACUAAAAAUAAUGAAAACCUGCCUUGAAAUUUAGUAAUAAAGUUCAAACUAUGCAUCACCUAGCUCCCCCUACAGCUUUGAAGUAAAUUAAUUAAUCCAACAGGCAUUGGAUUACUUGGACAGGAGUACACAAAAACUACUUCAGGCUUAUCAAAUAACAUAUAAAGUUGAGUGCAUGACAUUUCUCUAUAUAUAUCCCUCGGUGUGAUGGAGGUAGGGGCCUCCUUAAAUUUGAAAAUAUGUACAGGUCUGCAGUCAUGGGACUGUAGCCAUACUUGCUGUUAUCAUCAGAACCAAACAUAAUGAAAGUUUAAGAAAACAAGUCUUAAGUUGACAUCCUUGCUUUAGACCAGCAGAAGCAUUUUGGAAAGGACCAUGUAUGAAAAUCAAGCCAGAAGUGGAGAAAAAGCAGGUACUUACAGAAAGUGCCAGUAAAUAAAUACAUUUAAAACCACAGUUCAUAUUUUAUUUUGUAUAAUAUUUUAAAGUUUUUCUUCUUGUAA